AGUAGAGACACCAUCGUGUAUGGAGGGAAACCUUACACCUCCCUGUGCUGAAGUGUGCUGAUUGUUUUUUUGAGGAACUAGUGUUGAAAGAAAUACUGUGCUAAUGGUGGUUCUCGAGUCUAAAGGGAUGUUGACUGCAGGGAGUAAUCAAUAUUUACAACCGGAUUAUCUGUCACCACUACCCACCACGCUGGACGCCAAAAAGUCACCCCUCGCGCUCCUUGCGCAGACAUGCUCCCAGAUCGGAGCAGACUCUUCAAAACCUCUUCCUUCUGAGAAGAAGAAAGAGGAGGAGAAGAAGGAGAAGACCACGCCGACGCCCAUCGACGCCACGCGGCGCUCCCCCGCCUUCAAGCCUUACGAAAGUGCGACCAAAAAGUCUCUCCCUGAAGAGACCACGAGCGAGGAGAAGAGCGUAGGCCGGAAGUCGCCUUCCAGCCAGCCCUCGAGUGCGAGGUCCCCCUCGAACUCCAGCAACGGCGGCGCUUCCUCCGGAGGCCACACCAAGGAGGAGAACGGUCGUCGCAGCAGCGAAGGGGGAGCCACAUCCUCCGCCUCCACGACUCCCAUCAUUCGAUCGGGACUAGAAGUGCUGGCGGGCCACCCGAAGGACGUGCCUCUGGGCACCUAUAGAGCUGGAGUGCCCCCGCUCCUGCCGCCGGGGUACCCGGGGCUGGAGAGCCACCCAGCUCUGCGCGGUGCUCCUCCAGGCAUUAUGCCCAGCCUGAAUCUCCACGGGCUGCCCUCCACCCUGGCAUCCGUGUACCCAAGUGCUGCCGCCGCGGCUCUGUACUCCUCGGCAGGAUUACCUUCAUCCAGCCUGCCGCCCUCUCUCCUGCCGUCGCCCUACAUGACCUACACCCGCGUGAAAACUACAGGAGGCGGUGAAGCUGUAGUGCCUGUGUGUCGUGACCCUUACUGCACCGGCUGUCCGUACUCCGUGCAGAAUAACCACCUCCUCCAGUCCGGGGGCGCCUGCCCUCCCUCCUGUACACAGUGCGAACAGGCCAAGGCUGCUCUCAGUGCACUGCCCGGCCUCUCCUCCCUCCCAUCCUCCUCCCUGGUCCCCGCCAGCAGUAUCCUGCCGCCUACAUCAGUAGCCGCGGCUGCGGCUGCGUCGCUCUACUCCCCUUCUGCCGCCUCCACCCUCCUGAGCGGCCCCCCUCGGCCCUACGUGUGCAACUGGAUAGCGGGCGACACGUACUGCGGGAAGCGGUUUUCCACCUCGGAGGAGCUGCUGCAGCACCUCAGAACGCACACCAACAUGACCACCGCCGACACCACUUCGCUCAGCCUCCUCUCGAACCCUCUGCACGCCCACGCCCUUCUGGGCUCCGCUCACUCCGCCCUCCACCGGCCAGGAAUGCCUUACCCCGCCCCUGCCCUCUCCCCACUGACAGCAGCCCGGUAUCAUCCCUACAGUAAGCCCGCCUCCGCCCUCACCAGCUCCCUCUCGACGUCGGCCGCCCUCACGCCCACGCUGCCCGGCCUACCCCCCUACGCCUCAGCCCUCUCGGCCUACCCGCCGGGUUACCCCUCUCCCUAUGCUGGCCUGUACCCACGUCCUCCUCUCUGAUUCGCGUCCUGACCUUUCCCGGUAGUGCGCCCCGGAAGUCCUUCUGAAGGGCCCGGAGGCGGUGACGGAGUGCGUGUCGUGAAACUCGUAUCAGGUGCUAUAAUCAAAAGACCCGCCGCCGUGGCGACCGUGCCAAAGCAUCUGCUCUGCAGCCAGUGAAGUGGUACUCGGGCUACGCUGGGAGUGCAGGCGCUGUGGAACUCUAGGGAAGUGACGCGCCCCUCCUGGCGGGCGAGGCGCGGCCGCCGCGGUGAGUGCGUCCGCCGCACCGCGAGCGCCGCCGCCGCCGAACGCCGCAGCCCUCCAAGACCCGCACUAAAAUGUUGCUCGGGAAUGACACAUCUCACUUGAAAAGCUUCUUUGCAAAGGAAUGAAGUCCCGACAAAUAUUUUUGUGCCCAAUAAUUAUUUGAUAAUUUGUUUUUGACUGUGAUAGCCUAAGUUUGUACAUAUAUACUGUAAAUAUUUUCUCAGUGGUGAAUAUGUAUAUGAAAAUUAUUUGGAAUUAUGCCUAAUUAUUAAAAUAUAUGAGUUUUCUAAGAGAAA